AUGACUAUCCCUUUGUCUUACUUCAGAUGGAUACUAGAGGUCAAAAAAGCGUUGAAUUGCUGGUUUUUUUCCGAAGCUGAUUUUGUUGAUUUAGAAGAUAGUCAGAGUGAUGAUGUGAUGUAUUCUCAAUAUGUUAAUGAUGAUUCUUUUGGUGAUAAAUUAAGUUCUGAUGUUGAGAUGUCAUCUGAGUUCUACAAGUAUGAAAGAAUCAGGGCCUUAAAGCGUAUAUUGUCUGUGGCUUUGCUAGCUCAGUCUGUUAGUAAAUUUGCUACUGUCAUUAGUUCAUUGUCUGAAGCUAAGAAGGAUGUUAUCAGGAGAUAUGGAUUUGGCUCUUGGCUGCUUUUCGACAAGUGUUUUGUGCCUAAGAAGUUUUCUAAGUGGCUGGCGUCUCUUGUUGAGUCGAAGUCUGGAGAUCUUAUUGUUCAUAGAAAGGUUAUAUCGUUGACUACCAAAUCUGUGAAUCUUGUUCUUGGUUUUCCUAUUGGUGGUACUCCUUAUCCUUCCAAUUAUGCUGCUGGCAGAGCUAUUGUUCUAUCUAUGAUGGACAAGACUUCUUUACCUCAAGUUUCUUUCUUUGCUGAAAAGUUGGCAGAUGAUGAUCUUACCGAUGAAGUUUUGACUUCUCAGCAAGAAUUAGUUUCUGGUUGUGAUGUGCCUAAUAAUUUGAAGGCUAGUUUGUUGAAUGUCAUUGAAGAACAUUGCAAGGGUUAUCUUACUUGUAUUCCUAUUGAUUUGGUCUCUCUUGGUGCUCUUCCUGAUGAUUUGAAGACCAUGUUCUCCAAAUUGAUGAAUCAUGUUUUGAAGGAGUUUGCUGAUUAUGAAAGUUCUUCUGAUCCUCAUAUUGCUUCUCCUAAGAUGGCUGCUGCAACAGGAAAUGUAAAUGGUUUUCAUCAACCUCAUGAUUCUCAGGUUAAUGUUGAGAAAGUUGAAAGAGCUGAUCUCAUUGCUCCUCUAGUUGGUACUCAAUUUGGAGGUCACAGUGUCAUGGGUGUUGUUCCGGGUUCAUCUUCCAAGUGUGUUCCUUCGUUUUCCAAGAAGCAAGUUACAUUUGGUUUAGCUAUUCCUCCGAAUGGUCUUUCUCAGCCAGAUGAUCUUUUUCAUAAAAGUGUUCAUCGAGGUCAUCUUGUUGGGAAAUCUUCUUCUCAGUCUGUGCCUGCACAUGUUGUUAAUGAUGUAAUUCCUAUUGCUAAAGAUCAUGAUUCUGAUGUUUUAGCUGGCGAAUUUAAAUUUCUAGAUCAUUUUACUACAGCUCCAAUUGUUAUGCAGACUCUUCCUUUUUCCGAUGAUGAGUCUCCUAAUAUAACUCCUAAGCUAUCAAAGAAGUUGCCUCCUAUUUUUCAGCUCAAAUCUUCAUCUAAGGCUGGUUCUUCUAUUGCUGCUCCUGUUAAUGUGUCCUCUCCUGAAGUUACUAUUGUUGGUUCAAGAUCUCUAUCUCAGAAGCUUAGGUCGAUGGGAAAGAAAUCAGAAAUUUUGUAUAAUUCGAUAUUUCAGAAUUCAAAUUCUAGUGUGCAUACUCCUCGUGAAUCUGUUUUGAAGAUUGGUGGUCAUUCAUCUUUGAUUCUCAAUCAAUUUGCUCAAUCUUCAAGUAAAUCUGAUUUCAAGAUUUCAAAAUCUUCUACUAGUGGUAAGGUUCCUCUUCAUGGCCCUAGGAGGACUGUUAAGCCAAGUCAGUAUAUGGGUGAUGAAUUUGAGAUUGAAAGAGGAAAAUUCAAAGUUAGCAAGUCUUAG